CAGCUGAAUGAGUGUUGCAUUGAUACGCAGAAGUGUGAGCGAUUAGGUGAUGAAACACUAUGUCAAAAUCAAUUCGUUGAAUGUCUUCGUUCAAAAAUCCGCCUGAAUCCGGAAGAGGAUAAGAAAUGUUACGAAGCCAUUCAAGCGUUCACAGCAGCGUCUGCCCCAUCGAGCGACACGGAACAUAAAAGUUCUGGUUUGGUCAAUACAAUCCAGAUUUGGAGUCAUGAAACAAAGGAACUUUUUGUGAAUAUAACAAAUCGCGUGAAGAACCAUCUUGAAAAUACACCGCUUAAGAAGCUUUUAUUGUUAGUGAUAAUAAUUGUAGUUGCUUGUAUGUUUGCAUAUAUGACGUUUCUGAACGAUGACAAAGUGAAGUGGUUGAAGCUGAAAACACCCGUCAAAUUUGCACACGAAAAAGCACGACUCAUACAGAUGAUUUGA